AUGGCUACGCUCGUUCCUCGCGAGGCAUACACGCCCGACGAGCUACAGCGAUUAUAUCCCAAAAAUUUAAAGUUGCAAUUGGUUCAGGUGGUGAGUUAUCUAACUGAGAGAUCAGGCGAGCGUACCCCGGUGUCUGCGCGGUUUCAAAAUGUAUGUCUUAAUCCGCUAACACAGAGCUCUAAUCAAGUCGUGCUGUUAGAUUGGCCUUAUUGCGGCGCCGCGCGACGCAUGGUGCAAAUAGCCUCCAGUAAAGAGGACCUGUCCUCAUGGAGCGGUUUUCAGUGGCGCAGAAAGAUGGAGGGGUUUGGCAGCAACGACGAGGCAGUCGUGCUGACUGGGCCAGGAGGAGAAGUCGAGUCAAUGUGUACAAAUGGCGAGCUCACUGAUAAAGGCCGCGAGACGACGUAUGCGCUCGGAACACGUCUGCGUCAUCUAUAUGUCGACCAGCUCGGCUUUAUGCCCAAAGUCAAGUCCGACACGGAGGACAUGUACCUGCGCGCCACGCCUAUUCCCCGUGCCCUCGAAUCCGUACAACAGGCCUUCUGGGGCAUGUAUCCGCCCAGUGCGCGAACACAGAAUUUCCCCCCUCCUGUAGUUGUGGCUCGUCCGGUUGCUGAGGAGACUCUCUUCCCGAAUGAGGGUAGUUGUCGCCGGUUCCGACAGCUGGCUCGACUUUUUGCCGAUCGAGCUGCGUCUCGAUGGAAUGACUCUGAGCAAAUGGCCUACCUGAACAAGCUCUGGUCUCAGUACAUGCCAGAAAGCUCUCCCAAGGUGGCUGUGGAUGCGCAUCCCCGUCUUUCGGGCAUCAUGGACACGAUCAAUGCCACUGAUGCACAUGGACCGCUAACCAGGCUUCCGUCGGAAUUCUACGACAAGAAGGGUCGAGCCAUAUUGGAUCGUAUCGCCGUCGAGGAAUGGUUUGCAGGCUACAACGAGAGUAGCGAGUACCGUAAGCUGGGUAUUGGAGCCCUGAUGGGAGAUGUUGUCGAUCGUAUGGUCAGCACCGCUGUGGAUGGCGGAUGGCGAAGCGAAAGCUCCGCCUCUGGAUCCGGGGUUGAAGGCGCUGGGAAGUCGAUCAAGUUUGCCAUGAGCGGAUGCCACGAUACUACCCUGGCAGCCAUUCUUUCCAGCGUGGGAGGGUUCAAGGACGAAUCUUGGCCCCCUUUCACCUCUUCCGUCGCCAUUGAGCUUUUCUCUCAGCCCGCUGAACGGGAAGAUGGUGCCGGCGAAAUCCUAGAAGAAGUCUCUCAUCCAUCGGUGGCUCACAAGUCCGGCACUCUCUCGUCUCUUCUGAGCGGCCACAAGCCUACUUCCGUGCUGCCCUCGCCAUCCGAAAACGCUCGCACCCCGAUUGCCUCCUUUUCCGAUGCUGAUCGUGAGACCAUGCGUAAUCACUUUGUGCGCAUCCGUUAUAAUGACCGACCCGUUCGCCUUCCUGGUUGCGCCGCCAAGCCCGAGAACCAUCUGGCAGGCGACGACACUUUUUGUACAUUGGACGCUUUCAAGGAGAUUGUUGACAAGUUCACGCCUCAGAACUGGCAGAGCGAGUGCGCUUCCAACUUGGGUGCUGGUCUCCAUGGACCCAACGACGAGUAUCGGGCUCCUGCUGGCUUUUAG